GCCGCUUCCUCUCUUGGCGCGGAGGGUCAGGAGCCCCACAGCCAGUCUUCCCCUGGGCACCCACUCCGUCCUCUGCCUGUGGCCAGACCGUUGGCUAUGAGUGGCCCCAAUGGCACCUCGCUGGGCACCAGCGAGUCAGACCAAGAGGCGGCCUUCACUGAGACCGACAUUAUCAUCAUUGCAGGUGUGAUUGUCGCAGUAGUCUUCGUCCUGGUCUGCCUCGUCCACGUCUUGCUGCAUUAUAAGUACCGGCACAAGGGCACAUACCACACCAAUGAAGCCAAGGGCACGGAGUUUGCCGAGAGCGCAGACGCGGCUCUGCAGAGUGACCCUACCCUCCAGGAUGUCAGUGACAGCAGUAAAAGGGAGUACUUUAUCUGAGAGGCACCAAACGAUACCUCUUCGUGCCCUGGCUUCAACUCCGCGAGAGAAAAUGCCGCCCGCCCACCCACCACCGCCACCCCUGACGGUGGAGUUCUCACCUUCCCGAAAUAUGUGCCUCAGAAUAUAGGGUGGUGUCCUAGAGCAGAGAGAAAGGUUCUCAACCCGUCGGAGGGACCCAGGGGCGCACGCUAUGACCUUUCUCUGCUUCGUCAGGGAGAAGGCAUGUCUAAACGCACAGACUCCCUAAGCAGUUCAAGCUGCCAUCACGGGCCAGGCUUUGUUGGGUGGGUAAACCAAGGGGCUGGGGGAGGGAGAAAGGGAGUUUUUCUACAUACUGACUAGAGUCAAUGGCUUCGAAAGUUUGCCCGUAACAUUUGGGGAACAGCAGGGGCUUGGGAGAAAAGUCACCUUUGCCUUCCGUUGAUGCAACAGCUAACAAUUGGAAAUAAAUUUGAAAUGUAA